CUGUACACUCUGGAUGGGACUUUACAGCCUUCACGAAGCCAGGUGCGUCCACAGACGAAGCCCCGCCCACGUUUACCUUAAAUGUCCACUGCACGGAAAUAUGAUUGGCAGAGAGCUACAGCUGCUCUGAACGGUGAGACAUGGCGGAGUUUGUAGUCUGACAGACAAAAGGGGGGCUCUUCAAGAGUUACUUUUUUAAGAGAAGAAGAAAAAAAAAAACACUUCGCGAACAUGUCGAAACAACUUGCCUUGAGGACGUUCACGUCUCCGUAGCGUCAACGGAGCGGAGCUUAAAGGCACACACGUCUUUUUUUUUUUUUUUUUCCUCUCUCGCUCGAGGAGGACGAAGCGGCGGUUGGGAAAAUGUGUUGUCAUCUUCGCGCAGUCAACAGCCUUGGGCAACAAAUAUGGCUACUUCUUGUGUAUCCUUCAGUUCGGGUUGAAAACCGUCCCGACCGGGCCGAACGGGAGAGCCUCCGGGAGUCGCUACCGCAGUAAAAGUGAAGUUGAACCCGGACGGAAAGAUUAAGAAAAAAAAAAAAAAAAAAGCUUGGUGGGGUUUGUUUUGUCCCCGUUUUUCUUUUCAAGCGCCCGACGAGAUGGAGCCCAAGCAUAAAGAGUUGUUGGAGAAAUGUUACCAGAACUUGGUGGAGUCGCUAACAGAUGCGGACCGAGUGGUGGAUGUUUUGGCUCACUGCGGGACCCUCAGCCAGUCGGAACGCUACGAGCUGGGACACAACUGCUCGUCCAACUCGGAGAAAGUGGACCUGCUGCUGAAGAUACUCACAAGUAAGGACAGAGACCAUUUCGGGGAGUUUUGCUCGGCUCUGGAGAAGACGCACCCUCACCUGCACUCUGUGCUGCUCAACGGCAUCGGACCAGUGGAUCACAACACGACUGGGUCCACUUACAGCAUCUUGUCCACCAUGCCAUCGGAUUCGGAAAGUAGCAGCUCUCUCAGCAGCUUAGGUACGCCGGGUCAAGCUUCCUCCCCACCGCCUGCCAACAUGGACAGUCACCAGGUGAACGAGAAGAUGGAGACGGUCCUAUUCCAGCUCAGGCAUGUAACCCGUGAGAGGGACGAACUACGCAAACGUCUGGCCCUCUCCUCACCUGGAACCACCUUCGAUGAGUGCAGACCAAACUCAAAAGCAGGUCAUGACUAUGAGCGUCUGAAGCUUCAGUGCAUGAAGGCAAUGGCAGACCUGCAAUCCCUACAGAACCAGCACAGCACCACCCUGAAGAGGUGCGAGGAGGCUGUGAAGAAAGCAGACUUCUACCAUACCCUGCACAGCCGUAUGGCGAGCGAGCAUGCCCAGCUGAAAGACGAGCUGGAGGCGGUGAGACAGGACAACAUCCAGCUGGUCAGGGAGCACAACCAUGUGAAGCAGGCCUGCGAGGAGCUGAGGAGGCUGCAUGAAGAUGACCAGAGAGAGGUGGCCGACAUGAGGAUGCUGCACCAGCAGGUGAUGAGAGAGGGUUCAUCUGACGUCCUCAACAAGCUGUAUGACACAGCUGUGGACAAGCUGGAGGCCAUGAAGGGUGACUAUGAGGCUCUGAGGAAGCGCUACAAUGAGAAGACAGCGGGCCACAACGCAGACCUGAGUCGUCUGGACCAGGCUGAAGAGGAGAACCAUCGGCUGCAGAAACAGCUGGACAUGGUGCUGCAGCAGAGAGACGCUGCCAUCCACUAUCAGCAGCAGUGCUCCUCGUCUAUAAGAAGGUUCGACAACACACAGCAAGAACUGUCCAAGGCCGCUGCCCAGAACAAGGAGCUGCAGCGUGAGAUGGAUCGGCUGCAGUCAGAGACAACCCGGCUCAAAACUCAGCAGCUCAAGGCGAUGAAAGACAGUGAGAAAUACAAGGAGGAGCGGGACUCUGUGAUCAGUGAGUAUCGCCUGAUCAUGAGCGAGCGGGACCAAGUGAUCAAGGAGGUGGACCGACUUCAGACCGGGCUGGAGUUGGCAGAGGCGAAGCUGAAGAACACUUCAUCAGAGAGGCGGGUGGCCAAUGAGGAGCUGGAGGCUCUCCGACAGGAGUUGGCCUCGGCUCUGGUGGACAGGGAUCGGGCCAUCUGCGAGAAGAACGAGCUGCUGGAGAAAUACUGCCACGAGGUGAAGGACAAGGCUGAGGCCCAAAAGGAGUUGAGCCAGGCUUGCAAGGACAUCGAGAUGGUGCGCGAGGAGAGGGACGUGGCCCGCAAGGAGAGGACGGAGGCCAUCAUCCAGAGGGACCAGCUGCUGCGAGAGUAUUACCAAGCCAGACAGAAACAAGACUCUGCUACUUUGGACAUGGAGCGAGCCAACAAGGAGAUCGAUAUGCUGAGGAAGCAGUAUGAGGCCAUCUCUCAGGAGCUGAAGGAGGCCCUGCAAGAGGCCGAGGUGGCCAAAUGUCGACGCGACUGGGCCUUUCAGGAGAGGGACAAGAUAGUGGCAGAAAGGGAGAGCAUACGCACGCUGUGUGACAACCUGAGGCGAGAGAGGGACAGAGCUGUGAGUGAUCUGGCAGACGCUUUGAGAAAUCUGGAUGACACGAGGAAACAGAAGAACGACGCUGCACGGGAACUCAAAGAACUAAAAGAAAAGAUGGAGGACCAGUUAGAAAAGGAAGCAAGGUUUCGUCAGCUAAUGGCUCACAGUUCACACGACUCAGCCAUUGACACUGACUCAAUGGAAUGGGAGACGGAAGUUGUUGAAUUUGAGAAGCACAGAGAUAUGGAUUUGAAAGCACUGGGGUUUGAUAUCGCUGAAGGGGUAAAUGAUCCUUAUUUACCAGGAGAUUGUGGCAUAUUUGUCAGUAAGGUGGAUAAAGGAAGUAUUGCUGAGGGAAGACUAAGGGUGAACGAUUGGUUGUUGAAGAUUAAUGACGUGGACCUGGCCAAUAAGGACAGGAAACAGGUCAUCAAAGCGGUGCUGAGCGGUGAGGGAGUGAUCAAUAUGGUGGUGCGUAGAAGGAAGUCACUCGGAGGACGCAUUAUCACUCCGAUCCAGAUAAACCUGUCUGGACACAAAGACAGCGGCAUAGGACUGGAGAGUGGAGUGUUUGUUGCAACUUUGGCUCCAGGCAGUCCAGCUGCCAGAGACUGCGCUCUUACUGUUGGGGACAGACUGUUAGCUAUCAAUGGGAUUGCGCUUGAUAACAAGUCACUCUCUGAAUGUGAGUCUCUGCUGAGGAGCUGCCACGAUUCUCUCAGCAUCUCCCUCAUGAAGUUCCUCCCACAGAGCUGUUCUGGCCAGAGUUUAUUCGAAGGAAUGAGGGACUCAGAAAAGUUCCCUCGGCAUCAGUCCUGUGACAUCCACACCAGGAACUGCAGGAACUCCAAGCACAACUGCCCCAAACACAACUGUUCCACACAAACGGACACUUGCAGUUGUGACAGAGGGGAUGAAGCGUGUAAGGAUACAGGCGACUCUCUGGACGGCAGUGGCAGUAGUGCUCACCACAAGCCUUUCUCCAACAGCUCCCUACACUCCCGCUCCCUUUCCUCCUCGCACAGUCCUUCAGAGUCCCACCCAGACUUCUCCUACAGGAGGCAUGACCUCCAUCACCGCCCCUUCACUUUUACCCCUGUGCCCUCUGACUGCAGCUCACCGCAGACUCCCGUUGACCAAGUGCAGAGCUCCCCAGCGAAGCCCAGUGGCGGAACAUGGCCUAAAGUCAUAGCUGUAGCCUCUAUUUCUGAGUUUGCCCAGCUGUCCAUCUACAAAAAAGUCAAACAGAGAAAGUCCAUCUUUGAUGUGAACGCUUUCAGGAGGCCCGAGGCACCCCCAAAACUGGACUACAUGUCUCUUUCUCAGAUGCCCAAACAUUCGCCACAGAGCUCCAUGUCAGAAUCGGCCCAGGCCCCUCCAACCCCACCAACCAGGAGCGACUCCUUUAGGUUCAAACACCGCCAGCAGAACAGCUCCGCAUCAGACUCUACCAUCACCACCGGCACUCCCCCGGCCUCCCCAGCCCAAGCCACAAUCCCAAUUGACGAAGGGGAAGCAGGGAACCAGCUUUAUUACACUGACACUACUCCAGGAAAAACCAAAAGCAGCUCUGUAAUUUCUGCUGAGGACGAGGGGAGUCGACGCCGGGCAGAGGAGCGGGGAAAGAGGAGAUAUCGUCCAAAAUCUGCACCAGCACUGCGGCGGAAUGUGACUCCAUUACACAUCCCUGUUCCCAUGCAGGUACAGAGUUUUUCUAAUGACGAGCACUCCCCAGAGCCGAUGGACAUGUUACGCUUCUCUCCUAUGAGAAGCAAUCGGUACAGCAUGCCCUUUGCACCCCCCAGUUACGGCAGCAUCGCAGCACACCCAGCACAGCGAGGUCUGGCCCCGUGUCCUGCUGUGACGGCUGUGAUGAGGAACCCGGUGUACACCGCCUGGAGCCAUGAGAUCCAGAGCAACAACUGUCCUCCAGCUCCCAGCUCAGGCAUCCACCCACAUUCACACGCAAGCCCCCAGCAUCAAGGUCACCUCAGCCUGGACCUCAGCCACAAGCACACUGGAGACUUGACGGAGACGAGCUGCAGCCAACCACAGCACAGCACCAACUCCCUGCCCUCCAGCGCCAGACUGGGUUCCUCCACUUUACAGUUUAGAGCAGAGCGCAUUAAGAUCCCUCCAACUCGUUAUCCCCGCUCCUCUGGAUCUGACAGAGGCUCCCUCUCACAUUCAGAGUGCAGCAGCCCGACACCUCCAAUGUCCCCCGUCAACCUGGAGACAUCAUCUUUCACCAGCAGCCAAUCGCAGAGCUCCAUAUCCCCCCAGCCCAGGAUAUCAGUCAGCCCCGCUCCAGUUGGUGACAGGCGGAAGGAUGGAUUUGUCUCUUAUAACACUCCCUCUGUCAGACUUCCACUGGCAGUUAAACCAAAGUUCUUCUCUUUAAGAAGCUUGAGGCCGUACUUGGAGGAGCCACGAAAUGUGACUGUGCAGAAAGGAGCAGAACCACUGGGGAUCUCCAUUGUGAGCGGAGAGAACGGAGGAGUAUUCGUGUCAAAAGUUACAGCAGGCAGCAUCGCACACCAAGCCCGUUUAGAGUAUGGGGACCAACUCCUCGAGUUUAAUGGAAUCAACCUUCGCAAUGCCAACGAGCAGCAGGCGCGGCUAGUGAUCGGGCAGCAGUGUGACACGGUCACCAUUUUGGCUCAGUAUAAUCCUCACAUGUUUCAGCUGGGCAACCACUCUCGUUCAGGUUCUCGCAUGGAGUCCAUCAGCAACCAGCCGACGCCCCACGACAGUGGAGCCACCACCCCGGACAAUCAUUCCACUGUGGAUACGCUGAGUGAGCAGGACGAGGGCACCAUGACGCCGCCAUCUAAACAGACGACUCCUGCCACCAGCCCUCACAAUUCCUUCAGGCUUCCUGGUUCAAGCGUGCGGCGGGCUGCAGAGCCUCGGCUGGUGAGGCUGAAAAGGAUCCAGGGGGAGCUGGGAGUUCAGAUCUGUGGAGGAAACCUUUACGGCAUCUUUGUUGAGAGUCUGGAUGAUGACAGUCCUGCUAGGAGUCCUGAUGGCCUGCUGCCUGGAGACUUGAUACUGGAGUACAAUGGCAUCAGCAUGAAGAACAAAACGAAAGAAGAGGCUUACCUGGAAAUGUUGAAACCAGCUGAAACAAUCACAUUCAAGGUCCAGAACUGCGUGGAAGACCUCUCUGCGAUCAAAGAGUCCUGUGGAGAUGGAUUUUACAUAAGAGCACUUUAUGAGAGGGUGGCAGAAGUGGAGCAGGAACUGAGCUUUAACAAAGAUGACAUCCUGUAUGUUGAAGACACAUUACCAAAUGGCAAUUUUGGCUACUGGAUGGCCUGGCAACUCGACGAGAAUGCACAGAAGCUUGGGAAAGGGCAGAUUCCAAGUAAAUACAUGAUGGACCAGGAGUUCUACAGGAGACACGGCAUGGCCGACAUGAAAGACGAUAACGGCACCAACAAGGCUCUGUCUGCUGCUGCACGGAGAUCCUUCUUCCGCCGGAGGCUGAAGCACAAACGCAGUGGGUCCAAAGACGGGAAGGACCUGAUGGCUCUGGAUGCCAUAAGCACAGAUUCUUUACCCAUCACAGAGGAUGGAGUGAGCCUGAUGUACCAGCGGGUUCAGAGGGUGGAGUGCUCGUCCCCCAGACCAGUACUGGUCUUGGGUCCAUUAGUGGAGGCCUGUAAAGACAUGUUGGUGAAGGAGACUCCUGCUGAAUUCUGUCGCUGUCUGCCUGAGAUCAUGAAGGCAUCGCAGCAAGCGAUAGAGCGAGGAGUGAAGGAUUGUGUGUUCAUCGACUACAAGCGGAGGAGCGGCCAUUUUGAUGUGACAACUGUUGCAUCCAUAAAAGAGAUCACAGAGAAGGACUGUCACUGUUUACUUGACAUUGCUCCUCACGCCAUUGAACGUCUUCACAGCGUUCACAUCUACCCAAUCGUCAUAUUCAUUCGCUACAAAAAUGCCAAGCAGAUAAAAGAGCAGAAGGAUCCUCUGUACCUGCGGGAUAAACUCUCACAGAAACAUUCCAAGGAGCAGUUUGAGGCGGCGCAGAAAAUAGAGCAGGAGUACAGCCGCUUCUUCACAGGCGUCGUCCAGGCCGGCAGCGUCUCCUACAUUUGCACUCAGAUCAUGACCAUCGUGGAGCAGGAGCAGAGUAAAGUACUGUGGAUUCCAGAUGGAGCACCAUAGAAACGUCUCCUCUCAGCACACGUCAAGAUUUUUUUUUUUUUUUGUAUUAUUAUUAUUACGGGACACAGAAUGGGUACAUCUAACAGACAUCAUGGUUAACUCCACUGCUUCCUCACAAAUAGCAAUAUCAGCACUGAUGAUGAUCAUGUAAUAUUCCCACUGCAAUAGUGAUGUACUGUACUACAGAUAGAUUUGUUUACACUAGUAUUUAAUACUUGAAUGUUUUAAUUCCCCUCAUUUCUAGUAGCACUCCUUUAAUCCCACUCUGUCCUGCAAACAUGUCGGACCACAUUGAUGCAAGCUGAAGACUUUAUUCUUGAAGUGAAGAUAUAGUGGACCACCGUGUUCCCUUCUCUAUAUUUAUACUUAUUUUUCCUGCCAUUUAAUUUAUCUAAUCAAAUCAAAGAUGUUGGUUAUGAACCUUUUGUUAUACAAAUGUAGUUGUCUAGUUAAUAGGAAGGAUGAUAUUUUCCAAUUAAUGUUCUUAUUUAUAGAGCGGUCGGGGCAAAGUUGCUUCCUACCUUCACGUUAUGUUGCAGUCUUCUGUUUUUUUUUUUUAAUUUCUGUUUUUCUGUUGACAUCAUUUCACUGCUCAAAAAUAAUUUGUGCCAAGCUGAAAAAUAUUUGCUAAUCACUAUUCAUUCUUUCAUUCUUUACGGAAGCUCGGAGAUAGAAAUUAGUAAUUCAAAUCCAUUCCCAAGUCCAAUCAUUGUUUUUUUCUCUCCUGAUAUUAUGACUUAAAACC